AUGGCAGCCGCAAGUUCUUCGCAACCGUCCAUCUGUCAACAUUAUUUCGCUUCGAGGAUUCCUGCCACUUCCGAUAGCUUCGAUUCUGAGCAAGCAAACAGUCCGGCAGUUGCACAAACUGGAGAAUCUGCGAUGCAGAGCGCCGAAGAGGAGACGAAAAUGGUCAUGAGUAAUGGAGCAUCGGGUGAUAAUUCGAUGCCGUGCUGGGCAAGCAGCGUCGGUUUCGUGGAUUCGUCCCCAGCAGCCGAUACACAGGCGGACUAUUGCGCAGCAUCUGACAGUUAUAAUAAUGCAUGGAAUGGCAAUUAUAUUUCGGCCUAUGACGCCGACGAUACGCGGAGCAAUUCGCAGAAGAUUCUGGCCGCCACAGACAGAGUAUCGCAUUAUGAAGUUAAUAUUGCUCUUAAUUCGAUGGGUGAGAGGAGUGGGGGGAGUGAGUGGGAAAAGGAAGAAGACUAG